AUGGACAGAAUUGCCAAGUGGAAUCCGGGGGCUGAGGAGAUUUGUGUGCUCUGUAAGAAUGCAUCAGAGACUAGGAGUCACUUGUUUUUUGAAUGCUCAUACUCGACUCGGGUUUGGGAGCAUCUCAUGAAAGGAGUGCUUCUUAAUGAUUACACAAGUGUUUGGUCUGACAUAUUGAUGCUCAUAAAAGACGAGAGAAUGGAGAAUAAGAAGAAGUUCUGUCUCAGUUAUGUUCUUCAAGCUGCAGUGCAUGCUCUGUGGCGAGAGAGAAAUAAGAUCAAGCAUGAGGAAAAACCAAUGCCUAUUGAGAUAGUGAUGAAGCUGUUGGAUAAGGGAAUGAGGAAUAAAUUGAGUUUGUUGCGAACUAAAGGAGCGAAGGGUUUUAGUACAAGAAUGUAA